GGGGGAGUGGGGCUAUAAAUGAGGACAGUGUCCAAUGAAGAUGUGUUCUGCCACAAACUGGAGCUCAGUAGGGUCAACCAGUAACUAGAACAAACACCAGACUAAAUCACAGUCUGCAUUACGCUCAGCCCACCAUUGUGCCUCACCGUUGUAAAUGGGAAGCAUGCAGGAGUUGAUCCCCUUCGCCAGAGAGAUUCUGUCUCAGAGACCCAGCCGGGGUCUGCUGAAGGUCUACCUGCUGGGUUCAGUGUUGGCAGUGCUGGGGACAGUCAUUGGCCUGCUGGAGACCGUGUGUCAGCCCUUUUCCUCUGGUGAGACCAUGGACGCCGAGAUGGUACUCAUGUUGGCCCGGGAGCAGAGAACUAUGGAGGCUGAGAGGCAAUGCAGUAUGGGGGGGCAAGAGGAGGAGGAUGAGGAGCUGGUGCAUGAAAAUGGGGCUGCGACCCAAAGUAUGAACCUGGUCCAGUCUCACAGACUGAGCCAGCGCAGUAUGGCCAACCGGCUGCACGCCUCCUGAAGCAAGGGGUUGGGCCCAAGGACUCGAGAUAUUUAUUAGGAAACUGCUGCUGAGAGGUGCAACACGUCAGAAGCUUUGUAUGCACUUCUGUCUGAACUGCCUUCCAUUCUGUGCUGCUUAUUAUUGAUGCCUUCAAGUGCAGUGGGAAAUGUGUUUAGUUUUGGUUUACCUUUAUGGAUUGAAAACACAUGAGAGACCCCCCAAUGAGAGCCUUCAUGGAUCAGUCGAGACCUUUUGAUAGGGCAACCUAUAUCAAUCAGUGAAGUGAAGUCCACAAAAAACAAACAAGAAAACUAAUCUGUUAGAACAUGAACAACUGUAAGUCAUAGACAGUAGUGUAGAGUUGUAGAAGCAAAACAGACAUAUUGUACAUAUUCCUCUCUGGAGUAUUCUUUGUGGUCUGCAGGUAGAUAUAAAGUAGUCAGGGUUACAAGAUAUGAAAACCCAAAAUGAGCCCUUAAAUAAAUAAAAAACACUCAUUAUGUGUGUCACAUAACUCUAUGCUUCUUUUGCUCCUGGACAGCAACAGACAAACUACACUGCUCUCUAAAGGGUCCAUCUAUUCGCAUAUAUAGUAGUAAAUAGUAUUGACCUUUGAGGUUGAAAUGGGACUAUGAAAGCAUGUGAAGGCUUCAUGGUGUUGAAGGGCUUCCUGCCUGUGGUGAGCUGCUGUGUAGCGCCGCCUGCUGGCUGGUGGGUGUAAGUGAUCUGCAAUGAGAGGAAUGUUUGUUGAAAUGUUAUGCGAUGUGUAAAUACUGUAAAUAUACAAUCUUUUUCAUACCAAUAUGUGGUUAUGUAGAAAAACAUAAUAAAAAAAAGUUUGCACUGGCUGAUAGAUCUUCACAGAGCACGACCUAAUUCUCUAGCAUCACUUUGGUAUUGACCCAAACACAUUGCAAAGUUGAAUAAUCCAAUAUAUAUCCUUUUAUUUAACCAGGUAAAAAGACUCAUUGAGAUUAAAAUCUCUUUUCCAAGAGUGACCUGGCCAAGAAGGGCAGCAUGAACGAAGUUACAACAGAUAAAACACAGACAAGACAGGCAGACAAAUACAGCUGUAAAAAACAAAUAAAAUGGCACAUUAGCCAGUCAAUAUGCGAAAUAAAACAAACUAUUAAAAAUCAUUAAAAUCUGGCAACAUUUUAAACGAUUUUAGGAUAUACGAGCACUCACAUCUACCAAUGGUGUCAUGUUCUCUGUCCUUUAAGAUGGACCUGAAUUCCCCCAUAGUGAUUACAUCUGAGAGUUUCAGCUCCUUCUGUUCCAAGCUGUGGGGGCAGCAUAUUUAAAAGCUGUUUUACCCAGUUUUGUUCUCACUGUAGGAACCAGCAUCUGAAUCAAAUCUUGGGAGCGCAGGCCAUAUAGACUUUCUCUUUGACACAUAAUGUGCAAAUGUAGGAGGGAACCAACCCAAGCAGAGAUUUAUAAAUAAAACCCAACCAAUGGGAAAGUCUGCGAGCAGACAAAGACGGCCAAUUAGCAGCAGCAUAUAAAGUGCAAUGGUGUACUCGAUAUCCACAUCCAGUAAUAAAUCGUAAUGCACAAUGGUACACAGUAUCCAAGCUCUUUAGGCACUGGUCAGAGGCAUUCAUGUAUAGCAGAUCACCAUAAUCUAAUACAGGUAAAAACGUUGCAGAUAUCAAAUGUUUCCUUGUCUGAAAAGAGAAACAGGAUUUAUUUCUGUAAAAGAAACCUAAUUUUAUUUUUAGCUUUGAAACAACAUUUUCCGUGUGUAACUUGAAAGACAAGUUAUGUUCAAUAAGAAA